UCCGGCGAGGCCGCGCGGCUGUCCUCUCAGUUCGUCCUCCUGUUAGGGAACCCGAACCCCGAUCGGGCGAGUAGCCGACCUCUUCUCCCCGCCUAGGGAUACCCACAGAGCGGCCGGGAGGGAACGCUGCUCCUGGAGUGGUGGGCAGCUGUUGGGAGUUGCUCAGGCUGGAGCCACGGGAUUUUAAAGGACCUGUCUCUGUCAUUUUUACUUUUAGGAUUUUGGCCAAAUUGGGCGAGGGUACAAUAUUACCACUUACCCCUUCUCACCGAGGAAGAGCGGGAGAAAGGGUAAGUAUGGCACAGUCACAAGGCUGGGCGCGAAGAUGCUUCAAGGCCUUUUGCAAAGGCUUCUUUGUGGCGGUGCCUGUGGCAGUCACUUUCUUGGAUCGGGUGGUCUGUGUGGCUCGAGUGGAGGGGUCGUCGAUGCAGCCUUCUUUGAAUCCUGGGGGAAGCCAGUCCUCAGAUGUGGUACUUCUGAACCACUGGAAAGUGAGGAAUUUUGAAGUACAGCGUGGUGACAUUGUGUCACUGGUGUCUCCUAAAAACCCAGAGCAGAAAAUCAUUAAGAGAGUGAUUGCUCUUGAAGGAGAUAUUAUAAGACCCAUUGGAUACAAAAACCAGUUGGUCAAAGUCCCCCGUGGUCACAUGUGGGUUGAAGGAGAUCAUCAUGGACACAGUUUUGAUAGUAAUUCUUUUGGACCGGUUUCUCUGGGACUCCUGCAUGCGCAUGCUACACAUAUCUUGUGGCCUCCAGAGCGCUGGCAGAAACUGGAAUCUGUUCUUCCUCCAAAGCGCUCCCCAAUCCAUACUAGUGAGGAGUAACUGCAUGAGAGCCCACCAUA